AUGAGCAAGACAAUAUCCAUUAGCUCUUCGGAGCAGCUUGGAACAGUCUUUGGAUCGACUCCGAUUGUCGUCGCCAACAUAUAUUCCGAGUUGUCUGAGCUCAGUAGUCAAUUAUCCGCUGUUUACGAAUCCCUCUCCAACUCCCUUUCGCGCGCCGGCCGAAUUUCCUUCGUCAAAAUCGAUUUCGAUAAAAAUGCCGACCUCGCCAAGAGCCACGGCGUCACCAAGGCCCCCAGCUUUCUGAUUUUCCGUGACGGCAAGGUCAGGGACAAGGCUCAGGGUACCAACCCCCUCGAACUGAAAAAGUUUGCCGAGAAGAUUGCCAAGGAGGCCCAGGCCCUCGAGUCGGGCUCCAGCAGCGCCGCCGCGUCCGGCUGGAGAGGAGCAGAGCUGCCUCGCGGCUAUAGCGAUAUUACGGACCAGGUUGAGAUCAGAGACUGCGAGGUCCUGAACGCCGACGAUGGGGCUGGGACCGUUCGCACUCUGUUUGAUACUGCGAAACCCAGUGGUCUUGACAAGGGCAAGAGCACAGCUAGCUCGGCCAAGGAUUGGGUGCAAAGCGGUGCGGAUGACCAACUGCUCCUCUACAUUCCCUUCCAGUCUACCGUCAAGUUACACACAAUUCAGCUGACUUCGUUGCCCUCGGCUGACGACGAGGGCGAAGUUUCGAGACCCCACGUCAUUCACCUUUUCAUCAACCGUCCGCAAAACAUGGACUUUGCCGAAGCCGACGACUCAGAGCCGACUCAGGUCAUCAACCUCAGCUCUGACGACUGGAAUGAGGAUGGAACUGCCAACAUCCCCUUGCGCUUUGUCAAAUUCCAGAAGACCUCGACGGUCAUCAUAUACGUGCAGCAGGGCGAUGGCGAGGCAGAGUCUGUUCGUCUAGACAGGGUGAAGCUGAUUGGCGAAGCUGGCGCAAAGCGGGAAUUGGGCAACCUCCAAAAGGUUGGAGACGAGGAAUAA